AUGGAAAGGGACGAUUCGAUUCUAUCCCAGGCGUCCCAUCACCGGGCGUGCGUACUCCUGGUGAAGCGAAAGGACUUUGGGCAGAAGGAACACCAAGGCACCUGGCCCGAGAUCGACGAGUUUUGCGUGGGGCUCUCUGCCUGGUAUAACGUGUUUCAAGCAGCUAUUGAAUGCAACGCAAAGAGGCCCGCUCUUGUCUUUAUGGCGGUGGUAAACCCUUUUCUUGCCAAGUGGGCGCCUAAGACUGAGGGGGAUGAGUUCAAAGGCUUUCUGUAUGAUGCUGAGAGCUCGACAUUCUCGAUAGACAAGCAGGUGUGGGGCAGCAUGCACGAGCACUUCAAGCGGGACUUCGACGCGGCGAAGGAACUUGACUCACUCGAGGAGGUUCGCUCUUCGUCUGCUUUGGCCAAGAUCCUGGCCCUCAUGAUGGUCAACUUCGAGCGGGAGAGGCAGAUCUGGCUGAGGGCAAAUCGGACGGCCUCGGACGCUGUUCGGCGGACUCCCUGCGGACGCGUAUUGGCGGACGGGGAGUAUGCACCGCCAGCCGAUUGGCGGUCUCUGUUGGAGGCGGCGCGCUCCGGCGAUCAAGAAGAGCCGGUCAGUGGGACCGAGAACGGCGCGGCGGCCGCGGAGAGCGCGCGCUCUUCUGGCGGUGCGCGCGUGCGCCCUGGAGCUGGCAGUGCCACGCAGUGCGAUAAGUGCGGGGCCAAGUUCCAAACGCCACGUGGCGUCAUCACCCACCUCGGCAGAUACUGCCCCAAUAUAUCCUACGGCAAGCGGAAGAAACGUCCCGCCGACAAGUUUCCCAAAGACAGUAAGGGCCGAGAGUCUUCGGCGCAUUCGCAUGAUGACGUUGGGGGCGCGGCGGCGCCGUCAUUAAAAGCCUGGGCGACUGCUGACGUGGCGGGCGACCAGCUUCGGGAAGACACGGUAACAGACGUCGCCGCCAUGAUUGCUAGCGGGGUUUCCGGCAUCUUGAGGGAAGCCGCCAAGCGCGCGCGCGCGCGUCAAGAGGCGGAAACACCGCAGACACCAGCUGAGUGCUAA